AUGGGUGGAUCAGUGAAGGAUGUGCAAUUCAAGGAGCUUGAUAGCGUGGUCUGGCCCUCGGGGUGUGAGGCUUCGAAGCACAUGGACGAGGUUAGAGUUGCUAGGGUUGAUGGGUUAGUUAAGGCUGGAGAACCUGCUCCUGCUCCUACCAGUCUUGAGACAGUCCAAGAGUUAGCAAAAGAAACUGGAUCUUCCGAUGAGCAAAUUCAAGCCCAAAAUGGGCUUGAUGAUGCCUUGAAAAGGCGGCUGCAGAAGCUUAUUGACUCUAAUCGAGUAAUGCUUUUCAUGAAAGGAACCCCUGAGGAUCCCAAAUGCGAAUUUAGCAGAACGGCUGUUAAUUUUUUGAAUGAUUAUGAGGUCAAAUUUGGAAGUUUUGAUCUUCUAACAGACAAUGAAGUCAUGGAGGGGAUACAAAAGUAUUCUAACCGGCCGCAAUUACCAUAUAUCUAUUUCGAUGGGAGUGCUUGUGAUUUACAUCAGUUAAGAACUUUUGAAUAG